AGUGGCGUUGGCGGCAGUCGCAGAAGAGGAAGAGGACAGAUCGCGUGCCCGGUCAGACGUCAGUAGAAAGAGUCAGUGCCGCGCGGACCUCACUACAGCGAGGACGUUAUCUCCUACCGAUUCGAUAAAACACCAGUGAGAUCGAGCUCAACUCCUAGUACAAUCCCAAGUUUUUAAAUUUUUUAUUUUUAUUUUAAGUACAAAAAAUAUUAAUUAUUUAUAUGUGAUUCUCUUCAACACUUUAAUUUAUUAUUUAUGUUUUUGCCAAAACUUGUAUUUGUUAAACUAUUUUGUUCAUCUUGCUUCUUCGGGCCAAUUUGACGCUCUUAAGUUUUACAAUUUGCCAACGCUCAUUUUUUAUUUCUACAACAGUGAUAACAUCAUCUCACUAUUUGAUGGCUUAGAUAAAAUGACCGCAACAAGUGUAACAACUUAAGCCGAGGUGAUAAAAGCUCAAGAUGUUCGAACGUAAAAUCAGUUAAUUCUCGGAACGAUGUUUGAGCUGAUGUUUCCGGCAUCAUCAGUAAUCCUCACGAGCAGCGAGCGGAGUAAAAACGACCACAACAAUUUACUAAACGAUGAAUUUCAGUUUGAGUGUAAGCGCAAUGUUCGCGGAUUCGGGAAGCUCCAGUCGGUCAAGGAAGAGCGAUAUCAUUUUGACCGGGCAUGUACGUCAUCUAUCCGGCCGAAGAGCUCCUCAGAAUUUACGAUAACCCGACUCGUCGCUUUUCAUUCACUUGCUCGUAUUCAACUUCUUCUUCUCUGCCACCCUCGCCGGAGUCUUUGCCUCUAACUCCCACUCCAACUCCGGGAACGCCAGUAAUUAGCCCGAAAAAUGAUCGGCAGUGUUCCGAAGAGAAGCACACGCGUAAAUCUAAGACUUACAAAAAGUCAAGUGAUAGACACAAGACCGUGAAGAACACUAGUAAUAAUAAUAACAAUAAUAAUAUUAAUAAUAAUAAUAGUAGUAACAGUACAUCCAGUACGACUCCUGUAAAAGAACAGUCUAAUAAAAGUAAUAAUAAAAAUUUAACAUCGAGUAACUUUAGCAGCAGUAUAAGCGCGAAGUUGACUUCAGUGAGUAGCAGAAAAAAAUUAACCAGCCCGAUUAUGCAAAAUCGCAACGGUGAGGAGGGUAAUAAUCCCUUCAAGGACCUGACACAUGCCACUCUCAAUGAGCCUCUUAAACAACAUAAUGGCAAUGCUCUUAAACUCGUACAAACUGUUUCGGAGUUUGCCCAGGAGCUUGGAGGCGCGAUCGAAAAUCACGCGGCUAACGUCCGACGGAUCGUCGACGAGUUCCGCGGCAGAAGCAGCGAAUCUAGAAACGACGUUGGUGCUAACGGGAUCCGCCGUUUAUGGGAGAGUCUUUUGCGACAGGUGGAGGCAGACGCCGCGGCACAGCUGGACCUCGCGGCCGUUUUACAGCAGCAAAUUUCCCGGCCGGCCCAAGAAGCCUGUUUUUACCGGAAAAUCCAGUCACGAAAGGUGUUUGCUCAUCGUGAAGCGUACGAGCAAGUGGUGAGCAAGACAGAGGAGAAGCUGCAGCGUGCAAGGGUAGAUUACAAGCGCGCAUAUGGGGCUCUUUUGACCAUUAAUGAGAGCACUGCAAGCGAGCAGGAACAAAACAAUCUGAAGCGAGCUUACUUUGAUGCUCACAACGCGUACGUGCUCCAGCUACGUGCAACCAACGCAAUUGUCGAGCGUUAUCAGUUUCACUGUCUGCCAACUUUGCUCGGGGAAAUAGCUGAGGUUUACGAGGAACUUUCCGGACUUACAUGCGGAUGCGUUACCAGAAUUGCUGAAGCUGCUGGGGAGCGCGUCAACGAACAGACCAAACGGUAUCAAACUAUCGUUAAAGAAGCUCAAAAUAUUUCUGCUCAAAAUGAUCUCCAGGUUAUUGCUAAGAAUCUCUCCAGCACUACCACACCCAAAAAACCACCGCGACGGCUGUUCGUGCCGCCAUCGCCACCCGAGCAGGUUCCCAUGGAUAAAAUUAAUCAGGUCCCUGCCUUGAGGGAUGAAUUGGUACCGACUGGAAUCAACGGGCAACCCAAUCUCGAGGAUUUGCGCCGCGAGGCCGAUUCUCUUACUCUUGAAAUCGGGAGACUUCAGGAUUCUUUGGAUGCGCUCAUGCGAAUGCAACGCAAAAGCGCCGAAAGCAAUCUAUUCACAAAAGCCGCGGAGCUCCAAGAAGACAUUUCGAUGAAGCGAUUCGACUUAGGUGUCGCCCAUUUGCACUUUGCAGCAGUUCAAGCCCAGAAAGAGCUGUUUGGAGCAGGAGAUGUAGGUCCACCAGAUGGGAUGAGCAACCGGAAAAUGUCCAAUGGAUCCACCGGAAGUACCAAGCACAAAUGGCUCAAAGCCUUCAAAAGCCUCAAGACAAGUUCACCCACCACUCCACCCACUUCCGACAAACCGGGAAAAGGGGCGAUGUACCAUGCCGUCUCUACAGUCGUUGCCAUGUCCAGGAAAAACUUGGAGUCUGAAGGCGGUCACCAGUGGCGCGAGCACACCUAUCGCAAAAUAACUCCUUGCGACGCUUGCGGACAGGUGCUGAGAGGACACAGUCGCCAGGGGCUCAGGUGUCGCAGCUGCAAAGUAAACGCUCAUGCAGAUUGCAUUAAUCUUGUACAGCCGGUUAAUUGUCCGAGUCUUGCUCCAAAACGCAGUGGAGGGAUUCCAUUGCUAAGACGUCAGAGGACGCCUGCACCACCUGUCGAGGAUGCUAAUUCUACCGAGCACAGCAUUGACGCUACGUACCAGGUACUCAAACAGGCCGGAGAAAUCCGUGGAAGCUCAACAAACUCGCCGCCUACGCCUCCUACUGGUGAUCAUCUUUCCUCUGGAGUGGGUCCUACGUCGAGGGCCAUCUCGUCCCACCCUUCCUCGUCCACCUCUGAUAUCAUGAAACACGAAGCUCCGCACAGUCCGCAACGUCGACGCGAGCGGCUUAACCUCAGGAUGAAGAGUCUCAGUCUGGACUCGCCGGAAGGAUCGGCCCACGUGAGACAUCGCCCGAGGGACUACUACUCGGGGCAGAAGGACUCCACUCCGCCCAGGCACUCCGAUAGCGGCAGCAUUAAUCGUCUGUCCCCUUGCAGCUCAGGUCACGGACAGGCGGUUCACAAGCAGAGUCGCUGCGCGAUCAGGAUGUCCAGCAUGGAGCUCCCGGAUGAUAACGACAAGUCCUAUUCAUCGGCCAGCACCUCUCCUUGCCCGUCACCCCACGCCAACAAUCAGAGUCACUUAAAUUUUCCCGGGAAACGGGUACUACCUACGAAUAAUCUCUUCGUUGUGUUGUACAACUUUGAUGCACGACAUCGUGAUGAGCUUGACCUCAAAGCCGGAUAUAAAAUAACAGUGAUUGAUAAGUCAGAGAAAGAUUGGUGGAAAGGUAAAUGUUUGGGUGGCAAAGCUGGUUACUUUCCAAGUGCGUACGUUAUGAAAAUAGAAUCUGGUCAAAAAACGCUCCAAGUUACCCGCAAUCUUCAAUUAACCGACACCGUGACACUUCUGCGAGACCAAAUCGUGAUCCAAGUAAGCGACGCAGUAGAUGGCGUAGCGAUGGUCCGAUGUGCAGCAGACACCCGUUCAUCGGGGCACGUGACCGAAGAAGGUGAUGUGCAGUUCCGGGAAGUCCUCUGUCCUACCAAGUACCUGCAGGAGGUGUGACAGCGACGCCAAUACACCAGGUCGAGUAUGAAUUACUACCAAUCAAUCAGCGAGCGUGUGAGAUACCGUCAGUCAACAGUCGCGCAGGAUAAUUUGAUGACGUCCUUUGAUACACAUGCUAACACCUCGGAAAUGUAUUAUGACUGUUUGCAAUGCACCGAGCACUGUCGGCACGCCAGUACCACCAACGACAAUAUUAACAUGAACAUCAACGCCCUCGCAAACAUCACCUCCACCGACAGAGACAACUCCAGCUUUGUCUUCAAACGCGGAAUGGCCAAAGCAAAUGUCAACCCCAAGUUCGACGUCAACUACCAACCAAACAUGAACAUCAAUUAUCUCAACUGUAAUUAUUCAUCAGAUUUCUACGAGCU